AUGCCCGUGAAGAAGAAGCGCAAAUCCUCGGGGCAGGCGGGGGACGAGACGGGCCUCAAGAAGUGCAAAAUCAGCAGCUACUGCAGGUCUCAAGCUUCUAGUAAAGUGAUAAGCGGUGAGGAGCAUUUUUCAAGCAAGAAGUGCCUGGCUUGGUUUUAUGAAUAUGCAGGUGAUGAUGAAGUGGUAGGGCCAGAAGGAAUGGAGAAAUUCUGUGAGGACAUUGGCGUUGAACCUGAAAAUAUUAUUAUGCUAGUUUUAGCCUGGAAACUGGAGGCUGAAAGCAUGGGAUUUUUUACAAAGGAAGAAUGGUUAAAGGGGAUGACCUCAUUACAAUGUGACUGCACAGAAAAGCUGCAGAGUAAAUUUGAUUUUUUGCGCUCGCAACUGAAUGAUAUUUCAACGUUUAAGAAUAUCUACAGAUAUGCCUUCGAUUUUGCAAGGGAUAAAGACCAGAGAAGUCUGGAUAUUGACACUGCAAAAUCUAUGUUAGCUCUUCUACUUGGAAGAACGUGGCCUCUGUUUUCAGUAUUUUACCAAUACUUGGAGCAGUCAAAAUACAGAGUAAUUAACAAAGAUCAGUGGUACAAUGUGUUAGAAUUCAGCAGAACUGUCCAUGCAGAUCUUAGCAACUAUGAUGAAGAUGGGGCAUGGCCUGUUCUUCUUGAUGAAUUUGUGGAGUGGCAAAAGGUUCGCCAAGCAUCAUAGCAAGAGCAGCUUUGAAGAAGGUGCUGGAUCUUGUGAUGUUGCAAAAACUGAGUCAAAACCAAGGGUUGCGUUCACAUCCUUAUGAACUUUAGUCAUUUUUUUUCCUUUUAUUUUUAAAGGAAGCCUUGUUACAUGUGAAAUGGGCAUUGAACCACACCUCUUCUGAGACUGAAAAUUGGAGGGUUUCGUCUUAAGUUUCUAGCAUUUCAGAACAAUAAAGAUUCAGAUUUGUAACAGUCUUAAAAGUGAAGGAUAUCCCUUGAAUAUGACUGUGGUUUCCAUGUUCAAAACCAAAACAUUGUAGAGUGCAUCAGAAGUAUCUUGUAUGAGUGUUUGAAUCCUGGAGAUGUGUUUAAAAUUGUAGUUGUAAAGGAAUCUGAUAUGGUAGGUCGCUGAUGAAAUGAUUGUUUUUAGGAAGAAAUGUUAACAUUGAAGCCUUGGCUGGUGUUUUGCCAACACCCACCAUCGCUUGUGCCAUAGUUUACAGCUUCAUAUGGAGACAUGGCCUUAAAAUAUUUUUUUCUUCAGUUCCCAACAUUUUGUCUUCUAAUGAAACAUUCAUAAUUGUCUUAAUUAUGAAUUAACUUAAAAGGUACUAAAAGGAUGGUGAUGUCUGUAGCAUCUGUAGGACCUUGAAAACAUUAAACUGUGUUUGAUUAGAAAUUGGCCUAAAUGUUUUUUUGAAAAAACCCUAGGAAGGCAGAGCUAGAACUUUAAUGAAAACACUGCAGAUGAUCCUCCUUCCUCUUCAGCUCCUAAUGUGGGACCUAUGGUUUUAUUACCUGAUUUCAUGUGUCUACUUAGCCUGAACUAAGAAAAGUUGCAGAAUCCUCAUGUGUUUCAUUGCCAUUUAGCAAAAACGUGAAAAGGCACAGUUGUGUGUGCUGAGUUGCAUUGAAAAUCAAGGCAUGUGCAGAAAGUUGAAGUACUCAGUUAUCUCUCUUGUUUAUUAUUUGAGCACCAUCAUAACUGCCAUAACAUUCAAAUUCUACUUCCAUAUAUCUUGAGACAGAGAGAUUGGCUGUUUAGUCUGUCAAACAUAGGAAUUCCCAAGGCCUAUUUUGUAAUAAAUAAAUAAAUGCAUGGGGUGAAAUGGCAACAAGUUGGUCCGGUGAAUGUUAAAGAAAUCAUUUGCAUCCCUUCUUCCACUCAGGAUGCUAUUUCUGUUUACAUCAUCAUCCUUUUAGCAAAUCUAGGUCAACUUUAUUAAUUACCCCCAUAGCUUACCAUGAUAGGUGAGACAUGGUAGCAUUUGGCUCAGGAUAGUGGGAAAUGUGUUGUGUGCACUGUAAGCAGGUUCAGGUAGUACAAGAUAUCCAAAAUGUUUUGUCCAGACAAGACGUUGCUUUGUUGCAUUUUCCCCCUUUUGAUCAUAGAGUCCUUAAGUAUCUGUUUUGGGUAUUCAAUAGAAAAGGGCUAUUUCUUUUGCAGCUCCGCCAGCUGUUCAGAUGUAUGUGACCCAAUUUAGACAUUGGAAUUGUUUUGCGUCAUCUUAUAGGGAUGACCUUACACUGUGUUAUUUUGCUUUUCUGUAAUUCUGCACAGGAAAAAGGAGAUUGGAGUGAGGGGAAGCAUCUAACAUUUCAAACUUGCUGCUCUUACUUCAUUGCUUGUGUUAAUGUGUAUGCCAUUACAUUUUAGAAAACCUUGGGAGAGUUAUUAGCCUCAUAUGAACAUGGUCUGUACCAGUUUUUGUUUUUGCAUUGACAUAGCCACUUACUAAUGUUUGAUGCCAUACCAUCCUAUGUCUGCAGUCUUAAGCAUAUUUCACCUGGGAGCAAGUCCCAUUGAACUUGGUGGUACUGGGCUGCAAGUUUGUGCAUCAAAAGAACACUGUUGGACAGUACAAGAUGGCUAUUUGAUUACCUCCAGAGUGCGAGUGGGCAGAAGAAAAUGCAUUAUCAGAUAAAAAAUAUCGUGGAUAUGAAAAAUGCUGCAGUGUGUCUAAAUGAGACAUGAGAUGUUUUCUUUAAGAGAUUGCUUUUGCAAAGUGCUAUUUACUGUUCCAAACCCCAAUCCUUGGUACAAGCUUUUUUGGUGUUUCCCAGGACAGGCUCUGAUUUAGGAUGAAGUCCUUCCCAUAAGAGGGCAAUGCAGCCUUUAAAAGAAGUACAGCCACGAGGGAGGCCUGUCACAGUUAGUGCUGGACUGGCCUCUGGUAUGGGCACUUUCUUGCGCUCUGAUACCGAUGGGAUGGAGCAGCUUGAAAUUGCAUCUAGUGAUAAGGCACAGGUCGCCACAUGGUCAUUCUCCUCCCCUGGUUUUUUGCCAUGGUGCUUCCCCUGCAACAUGUCCCCAUCCUAAUUACGUCUACAGUGAUAUGCACAAUCUCUUGGGGAUUAAACCCCGAAGAAAAUGGGUCAGACCUCAGAGCAAGCAUGCAUAGGAUUGAACCAUCAAGUCAUCCUAAUUGGCAUCCAGUCCUUUGUGUUGUGCUUUAGACAACCUUUCUCUCAGGUUUUUAAAGUCUCAAGAUACGAAUCAGGAAAGCGCAACUAUGUUUAUAAUGUAAACAAAACCAUCUUUUAAUUCAAGUGAUUAAUUAAAAAAAAGCUAGCCCAAAGGAGCUGGUAUUAACAUGGUAAAUCGAUAGACUGUUGUUUCCACCAUUGCCAGUGUCUUUACUUAAUGUGAAGGUAUCAACUUGCUGUGUAUGACUUGUAUCUCUGAGGUUUUAUCACUAUUCUUAUAAUAAAACCAUGUUUCAGGGACUUA